AUGCUGCUGAGGCUCUUGCUGUUGACCUGCGCUCCGCUCUGCGAACCAGCCGUGCUGCUUCUGACGGCCCGGCCACCCCGGCCCACAGAGGGGACCGCAGUGACGCUGACGUGUGAGACGUGGCUCCCUCCGCAGCAGGCAGACGUCCAGCUCCAGUUCUGCUUCUUCAGAGACGACCGGGCCCUGGAGCCGGGCUGGAGCAGGUCCCCAGAGCUCCAGGUGUCCGCCGUGUGGAGCGAAGACUCGGUGUCCUACCGCUGUGAGGCUCAGGCCGCUGGCUCCACGGUCGGAAGGAGCAAGCCCAUCCAAGUCCAAGUGCAGAGAGUCUCUGUCUACAACGUGAGCCUGGAGACACGGCCCCCAGGGGGACACGUGGUGGAGGGACAGAAGCUGGUCCUUGUCUGCUUGGCGGCUGGCGGCACAGGGGACGUCACCUUUGUCUGGUACAAAGGGGCCUUGGGUUUAACCCUGGAGACAAAGACCCAGCGCUCGCUGACGGCGGAGUUCGAGCUUCCCGCGGUGAAGGAGAGCGACGCGGAGCAGUACUACUGCGCGGCCGACAACGGCCGGGGGCCCUGUCUCAGCGGGCUGGUCAGCGUCACCGUCGCAGUCCCUGUGUCGCGCCCCGUCCUCACCGUCGGGACCCCCGGGGCCCACACCGUGCCGGGGGACGUGCUGCAGCUCCGCUGCGAGGCGCCGAGAGGCUCGCCGCCCAUCCUGUACCGGUUUUACCGCGGGGACGUCGCCCUGGGGAGCAGCCCGGCCCCCUCUGGAGGAGGCGCGUCCCUCAACCUCUCUGUGACCGAAGAACAUUCUGGAAACUACUCCUGCGAGGCCGACAACGGCCUGGGGGCCCAGCGCAGCGAGGCGGUGACACUCAGUGUCACAGUGCCCGCAGGGGACAGAAAGAGACUCACUUUGGUCAUCGUCGAGGGGCUGCUCAGCACCCUGGGUCUCAGCACGGCGGCCCUGUUAUUUUGCUGUUGGCUCAAGAGGAAAGUAGGUUAG